AUGCGGUUGUACAACUCGCAUUACCCGUGGUACAUCGACGCGGAGAGCGCGAACCCGACGGGCGUGACGCUGCACGAGCUGUUCGCGGCGAUCUGGCUGUCGAUGAUGACGCCGAUCUCGAAUGCGGACUACUGGAACAACGAGAUGAAUGGCGAGGUGCGUGAACGCAUUGCCGCGGCGUGGUUUGCGCGGUGCGAGGACGAUGGGGAGCGCAAGCGAGGCGUGCGCCGGGUCGACUUCUUGAUGGAUCGGGUCAUCCUCGAGGGGUUCGUCCGCGGCAAGGACGGGAUGUGGGAGAUGACCAUCAAGAGACCGACGUGA